UAUUCUGAUAGUUAUCAUUCUGAUUUUGAUCAUUCAGAGCGCUAGACGAGGAGGAGCGCACAGCAGACCAUUCUCGCAGACAGCGCCAGACGAUUUGGCGUAUCCAUAGCAACCAAUGUAGCUAGCUACAUAUACUUUUCAGAAGAAUGGCGACACCAAGAGAGCAAGAGGCUGCAGAUUAUCUUAGAAAACACAAAAUUAUCGAACUCAUGGAUAAUUUAACAAGCAUGCUCUUCUUUCACAGACCAGAGAGACCAAACGAGUUCCUGAUCACACAGCUUGAACAACUGAGAGCAUCCAAAAUGAAGUCACUGGAUUGCCCAAGCCUGUUCAAUGACACAAACCUGGAUGCCGUUUUGGGCAUCUUGGACCCUACCAACCAAGGGCACAUCACUUUUGUUCAGUACAAGGAGGCACUAACCACUUUGGGGAUUGAGAAGUUUAAUGAGUGUCCUGAAGGUGUGGCCAAGGACAAGAUAUCUCACGAAACCUUCAAGAGAGAGGCGAAGGAGGGCUUACAGAGAAGCUCAGCAACAUUUAUAUCUAAAUAAAAUUGGAGAUCUCUGUCCCAUCACUCUGAGUGACUGAUAUGUCUAUGAUGGCUAUAUGAACUCUUCAUAAUAAUGAAAGUAAUGGUCAAAUUGGAUUAGUUAUACAGUCAGAUGUGUGUUGUCUGGACCCAGUAUGGCCACAGUCUUGAAUGCAAGUUGUCUCGGCUUGUCCACCAUACAUAAAUGGGCAUGCACCCGUUCCAAAAGUCCUACACAAAUCCAAGUACAUGUUAAUAUAUGUUAACUAAGCAAAGCUUCAGUUUUGAAAAUAUUAAUUUUACU